GAGACUAUUUAAUUUGCGGGAAAUUCGAAAACGCGUUGUUCUUUCUUGGUUUGUUUUUUUUGGACAAUAGUUUCGAAAUUGUUCGAAAUGUUGAGGUUGGGCGUUUGUUUUGUGUUGUUCGUGCAAGUUUUAUGUAGUCCGGUAGAUUUAAAUGAGAAAAAUGUUAGAAUAGCCCGGGCAGCAGACCCACAUUUCCACAAAUACAAAGGUCUUGGAGGUCACGGCUUUGGAGGUGGCUUCGGAUACGGACACGGAGGAGGCGGCUACGAACAAGGAGGUUACGGAGGAGGACCGAUCUACGUCAGCGGUCCAGUUUACGGAGGAGGUCCAGUUUACGGAGGCAGUCCUGGUUACGGAGGUGGAUAUGGAGGUGCCCAAGCACAGGCUCAGGCUCAAGCUCAAGCUGGAGGUUUCGGUGGAGGAUUAGGAGGAGGUGAAGCUCAAGCACAGUCUCAAGCCCAGUCUCAAUCAGCUUCUUUCGGAUUUGGUCCAUUUUCAGCCAGUUUCUCUCAAAGCCAAGCCCAAGCUCAAGCACAAGCAGGUUCAGGAGGCGAAGGCGGACUAUAUUAUUAAGAAAAAAAUCCAGUCAAGACAAACUCUUUUGCAUUUCUUGCAUU